AUGGGUAAUACUGUAUUUCUCAGCAUUUUUUUGCUGAUCAUAGGUUGAUGAUCUAUCCACUUUUGAAAAUUAAAUGAAAAUUUAGGUAUACCGUACUCGUUUUCCAACAAUUAUUGCACUACUGUAUGCACGGCAAAGUUUCAAAGAGGGAUUGCUGAAAUAACAGGUCCUGUUUUCAUUUAUAUUAAUUUCCAUAAAAUCUCAAAGUUUUCCUUUCAGGAUCUGCUGAUACUUCAACAAUGUUAGCUCCAUUUCAUAGAAUAAUUUCAACAAAUGAGGAUAAUAAAGCGGCACAUAAACAGAUUCGGAUUCUGUGCUCGUUAGUUUUUUUUUAUUUUCGAAAUAAUUUUGAGUUUUGAAUUUAGAAUUCUGCAAGUUUAGUUUUUUUUCCAAUUUUUCUCGCAUUUAUUAUUAAUGAGAUUUCCAACUUGAAAUGACGCAAUUAAAUUCAUUUGUUUUUAUUUUCGAGUUGGUUGGAAGAAGAAGCAUGAAUCAGAGUUAAAUUAUGAAAUAUUUUCAAAGAAACUGGUAUUAGAGGAAGCUGAUUUGAAAAAUAUUGAAAAAAAAAUGUUUUUGACCCUGAAAAAUUUCUCGUGCAUAAGAUGCACGAAUUGGACGUUUGACGCCUUUUUGAAAUUAAUCUGGAUAUUUGAAAAUCAAGGGUCAUUCUUGAAAUAUUUCAAUUAUUUUGAAGAUCUUCUAUGAAAUAAUCAUAUUUUGAAUAUCACCCGCAAUCAAUUCUUCAAAAAAUUCCCAAUUAAUUCCAGAAAAGUCAAAGGUUGGGAGACUUGUCUUCGAACUUGUCAUCAAAACGGUGCUCGUCAAGUUUUGCUCUCAUCAAUGGACCAAUGGAAAAGAUUUUGUUCAGUGAUGCGAAAACCGAAUCGAGGCGAGUUUGUUACAUAUUUUUUCGCUGUCUUCUUCAGAGUUUUUUUUUCUUUCCGCCGGCUGACAGGGACACACGAAAAAAACAGAAAACAAUUUUAAUUAUUCAAUAACAAAACAAGUUGUUUGGUUUUUUGCAGCCACGAUGGAAUUUAUGAACUGUGAAAGGGAUCAUCAACAAAGAGUGUCGCAUCAUUGUCGUAUACAAAUUCCACAAACGCAGAUAAUCUCGAUUUUUUGCGAGUAGGUUUUUGUGAGAAAUGUUGAAAAAUGAUAAAUUAAUUAUCAAUAUUUAAGAGCAUUGGAAAAAUUGUAAUUUGAGGAUACAUUUUCUGUAUGUCAAAACGUUGAAAGAAUAUGAGUUUAUCUGCUCAAAACAUGUGUUCUUUUUCCAGAAAAUUCCACCAUUAUCACAAAUGCUCAGAACGACAAAAAUACCAUUGCUCAGACGAAGCAAUGCAUCUCAAGAAGACAAUUGACAAAGCAAUUGAGAAAAGUUUCAAUAAUAUAAUAAAGUAUGCGAGAAAUCGGGUGAACAUUCCCAGAGAGUAAGUUUUUCAUAAAAUUAAAAUAUUUAUCAUCUGAUUAUUCUGUGUUAUUUUCCAGAUGUAACAUGUUUCAUCGACCUCAUCAUAAACCAAAAAUUUUGAAAGGAGAGAUUAGAUCAACUACAAUGGCAUCUAUUACAACAACAAAAAGCGAUGUUGCUGAGAAGUUGUUAGUUUCUGAAGUGACAAUCUAUGAUUAUUAUCAAACUACAACAUCUCCGGAAUUUCGAGUCGAAGAUUCAUCAAUAGUAAUUCUAGACAGUGAAAAUGGUGAGAACCAUAAUGAAAAUAAUAUAACCACAAUAGCUGUAAAAGAAACUCAAUCACUUGUCAAUUCUAUUUCAUAUCCACAAAUAUUCACAAUCUUUCAUUUAUUUUCAUUUAUCAUUUUCACAUUUUUUCUGUGA